UUGCAUACCCUCUCUCUCUCUCUCUCUUUAUUAGUAUUAUAAUACCUUUCUUUCUCUCCUCCUCUUUUUUUUUUAACAUUACCACUAAAGGAAACGCCUCCACCCUAUAUCCUUUUGCAUGUCGCGGUCUUUUACAGUUUUAAAAACAACAGCAGCAGUAGAUAUUGACGACGACCCUAAAAACAAUAUCGAGUUACAACAACCGAAAAAAGACCUCGAGCGUAAUGUCCACAACAACAAAGAUCAGUUUAAUGUAGCAACUACUACUACUACUACUGCGAGUAGUCGCCAUCCAUCUCGUCAACAUCAUGCACGGAGUUCAUCGACCUCGUCGUUUGUUCUAUUUAAAGCACCUAUUCAACCAGAUACGACCACUGCGUGCCAAGACACCAACACUACUGACGAUCAUAGCAGCAUAAUAAACAACGUCCGCUCCUCUGAAUUGAGCAGUGCAGCUCGCUUGGCGGCACAGGCUCUCCCUUCAUUGCUCAUGUCUGUUGUGGGGCUUGUCGCUGCAGGGUGGAUGAUGGACGUGUUUCAGCAUUGGGACGUAUUUGUGCAAGUAUCGGAGCUGUUCAUCCUCGUCCCUGUUCUCCUCAAUUUGAAAGGCAACCUCGAGAUGAAUCUUGCUGCACGAUUUUCAACUUCGGCCAACUUGGGUGACUUGGACCAUCCUGACACACGAAAUGCAUUGAUAUGGGGCAAUUUAUCGCUCAUCCAAGUCCAGGCCCUGAUCGCUGGUUCGAUUGCAGGCGUCUUUUCUUUCCUCUUGGGUAUCCUUGAACAUCCCAAUGAACCUGCUACUGUUUCUGAAUGCAUCUUGAUCAUCUCCAGCUCCAUGAUCUCUGCUGCCGUUUCUUCUUUGGUGCUUGGUGUCUUUAUGUGUCUUUUGAUCAUUGUCAGCCGAAAACUUGAAAUUGAUCCAGACAACAUUGCAUGUCCUAUGGCUUCAUCGUUGGGUGAUGUCGUUACACUGGGUAUCCUUGCAGGCUGUGCUCAAGCACUUUUAGCCAGUGUUGAUUCCAUGCUCAGUCUAUGCCUGUUUUUUGUCAUGGUGUGUUCGAUCCCAUUCUUUGCCAGGGCAGUGUGGCGAAACAAGCAUGUCAAAGAACUGUUAUAUUCAGGAUGGUCGCCUAUCAUUUUUGCUAUGCUCAUCUCUAGUUUCGCUGGCCUCGUACUUGAACGUUAUGUGGAACAAUUCAAGGGACUCGCCAUGCUCACACCGAUUCUGUGUGGUCUGGCCGGCAACUUGGGCUCGAUAUAUGCAUCACGUAUCAGCACCUGUCUGCAUGCAGGUGCACAGGAACAGUACACCUUGGUCGAGUGGACUUUGAUGGCCAUGAAUGUACCGGUUCAACUCUUGUUUUUGGCCUUGACUUGGAUCCUCGAAUUGGGUCAUUUGGACUUUACUCUCGCGUUCGGUGUUACUUAUUUCAUCGUUUCCAUGCUCAGUACCUUUAUUGCACUGAAAAUGGGAAAAUACAUGACAUUGACAUUUUGGAAACGUGGCUGUGACCCGGAUAACUACGUACUACCUUAUCUAACUGCAAUAAUUGAUGUCAUUUGUACAAGUCUUCUCGUCCUAUCGUUCUCCUUCUUAUCCUCUAAUGAUCUUGCCGAUCUUGCCACCUCUACGCAUAGUUCAUCCUAAAACUUAAUAUUUAUUCAUUUUGCAUUAAUCUCUCUCUCUUCCAUCUCUUGUUCUUUUUAUUUCCUCUUAUUGUAAUGUAUAUAUAACUUACUCGUCAUUUUUGCACACUCACUCACUCACUUACACAUCCACACGCACACACACACACACUCUACACGCACUAUCAUUUUGG